GUGUUGGUUUAAUGUGGUGACCUCCCUGGGUAUGUACUUCUCCCUGUAGAUUGUGACUGGCGUGUUGGAGCGUGACGGGUCAGACUAUUAUUGUACUUCCAAAUACGAAGACCUGCUCAGCGGUUCCCCUGUUGAGACAGAAAUGAACCUGCCAUCCAGAGAGGAGUGUGAGGGGUGGGAUCAGGCACAGGUAGCCUUCUUCAUGUGCAAGAACAAGAUGCCUGAAUGUGUUACCACUGUUAACAGAUUAAAAAUCGACGGACAGAGACUCCUGAACCUGUCUGACAGUGACCUGAGCAGGUUCAGUCUCAUCCACCAGCCGCAGCUUCAGAAAAUCGUCCAGGACAUUAAGAAGAAUGACGGCAGCUUAUUGAACAAACUAAGAAGAUUGAAAGGCAGACCAGUUCCUAAAUUACCUGCAAGGGAUUACAGAGAUGCUGAUAGAGAGGACGAUGAAGACUCUGACCCUGAAUAUGAUAAUGACGACCAGUAUGAGGAUCCACACGAGGACCAGGACGACAGCUACGAACCUCCUCCCGCCCACAGAGUCUUCAGCGCUACUCCUUCUACUUCCUUCCCUCGGGGGGAGUAUCUCGACAGCUGCCGUAACCGUCCCAGUCGCCCCCCCAAUCAGCCCCUCCGCCCAGGCAAGGCCUCCAAGCAGCUGCCCCCCACACCCACCCACUCGGCGGCCGAUGAAGAGGACUAUGUCACUCCAGAUGACAACAACGAUGAUGACAACUAUGUGGAACCUGAAGACGAACCACCCACCCACAACCUACAGAAUCCUAAGAGCCGUGUUAUGAGCAGAACAAUGAGAGACCGACCCAUGAUACCGACACCGGAGCGAUCACCCAGUCCUGAUUUUUAUGAAGUUCCUGACAAAGAGGAGAACUCCCCAGCUCCACCACCAAGCAGACUGCGUCCUGUCCCCACAACAAAAUCACCCUCUUUACCCCCUAAACCCAUCCCCAGACCGAAUACAAGAAGAUGUCAUCUGACUGUCCAGGAACCAACAGGAGAAGAUGAAUAUGAAGUGUGUGACCCAGAUGAUGGUUGCAACGAUAAACCAGCAGAGGGUCGUCCUCCAGUUUUACCCAAACCUCUGCCCAGAGAGAGGUCACCAAAGCCUCCUCUAAGGCCGAGGCCAGAGUCAAAACCACGGGAAUUUGAGAGUCGAACGCUGCCUGUGAUAAACCCUGAGCUGCCUCCGACUCCUCCUAAAGGAUAUUCACUGGACCAAAAACGACCAAAGAUUCCUCUUCCACAGUUUACCGCCCACAGACAAACUGACAGAGGAAGUGUUUCUGCUGAAAAUGGAGUCACAGACCAAGAUAUGGAUGCAGACGUCUAUAGGAAACCGUGGUACGCCGAAGCAUGUGACCGCAAGACCGCUGAUGACGUCCUGUUACGAUGCAGUCAAGACGGGGGGUUCAUGGUGAGGAAGAGCUCCGGUCAGGAUGCACAGCAGCCGUACACCUUAGUGGUGUUUUACAAAGGCAGAGUCUACAACAUCCCCAUCCGCUACAUCCCAACCACCAAACAGUACGCCCUGGGAAGAGAGAAGAGGGGCGAGGAGUAUUUCAGUAACGUGUCCCACAUCAUUGAGAACCACCAGAGGAUUCCACUGGUUCUGAUCGACAGCCAGAGUAACACCAAAGACGCCACCAAGCUCUGCCUCCCAGUGAAGCCCUAAAGCAGGGGUGUCAAACACACGGCCCGUGGGCCAGAACUAGCCCGCCAAAGGGUCUGACCCAGCCCAUGGGACGGAUUAGUAAAGCACAAAAAUUACACUGAAGAUAUUAACAGUAAAGGAUGUUAAAAGACUUUUAGUUCAGGGGCCACAUACAGACCAAUAUGAUCUAAAGUAAAAUAAUAACCUAUAGAUAAUGACUGAAUUUUCUUCUUGGUGUAAUGUGAAAAAAAUUAUAUUACUUUAUGCCCAUAAAUAAGAACUUUUUUUAUUAGUGCAAAAAAAUAAUAUUGAAUUAUAAAAAUAUUUACAGUAACAAACUAUCCUUUAAUAAUAAAAUGUAAAUAACCUGAACAAAUGUCACUGUUUUUGCCUUUUUUUAUAGUUACUGUAUUAUUAUUUUCUUAUAAUAUUUCUUGUACUGUAUAUUUGGUGUUGUGCUUCUAUUGGAACCUCAUUAGAUCAAUACAGUUUUAUCUAAUCUAAUCUAAUCUAAUCUAAUCUAAUCUAAUCUAAUCUAAUCUAAUC